GAACCAUCUGAGCAGCAACUAAGUCUGUUUGACUCCAACGCGAAGAUGAAGGAAGGACUUGUUUUGGAUAAGUAGACUUACUCUAAUAGCUCAAAAAUUCAAGUUCUCUAAGACUUUGGAACUCGAAACUAGGCAAAUUAAUAUUUCACAAGUCCUAGUUAUAAUAUUUGCUUUAUUGUUCCACCAAAUGCUCGAUGUAUUCUUCAGAGCAGAAAAUUACGAUUUUGAUUGCUGUUAAGUUCCAGAGUCAACUAAUAUGGCUGAUUUCGGUAUAUGCAAUGUUGUGCUAUUAGAGUGAGAAUAGGGAUCUUUCAGGGAUAUUAUAAGACCUCCAUGCUGAGAUUGUAGCCAACACCUCGAGAUUUCUAGGUGAAGAACUUGACAGUUGAUUCCAAGUUUAUCACUAAUUUGUUUGCUAAAUCCUUUUGCAUAUUUUUUAAGAACUUGUUGCCAUUAUCGGUUUUUUUGCAAAGAUAGAGCUUCAGAGAUUUUGAACUUUGUGGUGACUCAAAUGUCUCCUUAGCCUAAAUAAGAGCUUCUGAAUAUUCAUAAUAAGUCAUGUCAGAAAUAGAAAAAUCUAUCAGGGAUUCAUAAGCCAAAUUUAUAACCCUAUUAUUUUCUCAAGCCGGGCAGCAAUUUAUUACUUUUGAGCAAGUAAUUAAACUCAGAAACUUUGAAGUUCAUUUUUGUGCUUCUAUAGCCCUUAAGUUCCAAUAUGGCAAUACUAAUUGCUCUUGAAAAGUGGAGUCACAAGAUGGUAGGUUAAAGCAGACGAGUUUAAGCCUGGCCUAGCCUGCUUUAUAUGAACACUCUAAUAUCCCAACCCUCAUGCAGCUCUGUUUAUCACAAUUCUUUAAUAAUAAUGCCUUACACAAUUUAGAAUACUCUACAUUAUAAUAGCUGUUAAGGUGGUAGAGUUAGGUCCCAGCCUGUCUCUCAGGCAUUGACAUGACAAGGCUCAACCUUUUAGUAUUGUAGAUGCUCACCAAGGAGUAUUUAAAAUUAGAAUAUGGGCAUAUUCGUUCAUAUUUCAAUGGCUCCUCAAUUCUAAACUCAGGACGUAUUCUUAGAAUUUGAGAUACGAUUUCUCAAAAAUUUCAGACCUGGCUUAUCUUCAGCAAUUGAGAGAACCUCAAACAUUUUGUCAAUGAGAUCUUAAGCUUAGUUCAAGAUAAGACAGAAAGUUUAAGCAUCAGAGGUUUCUUGUUCUAACCCUUUUUGCGAAUACUUGCUCUAAAAUACUUCAUUGUUCAAACUCAAUUACUAGUAUUUAAUCAUCUGAAGUAGGUGAGCACAAUAUCGAUCAUAGACUCGCCCUCUUUAUUAGACAGUUGAAUCAAGCACAUUGAUGUACAAAUUGGGACGGUGUUGCCAAUCUUGGAUAUGCAAACUCAUUUUUGACAAUAAUAGUACAGCUUUAAAAUUAUUGCUGAAUUUGCUUCCUGUUUUAUUGUCACAGUUAAAAGAUACUUUGGAUGGACUCCUAUGCUUACGCGAGUCUAGACGAUAGACCCGCCAUUGCUAAUCAAUUUUUCUCGUAUCUUUGGCAUGCAUCAUCAAACACAUAGCUCUUUCAGUUAGCCUUUGCUGAUAAUUCAUUCAGCGAAGUUUAGACUUAAUCAUAAAUUUAGCAAAGUUGUUAGGCCCAGCAUCUAAUCAGCAUCAUUAAGACACCGGUGGCAUAUUAUCAAAACUUGCGAUCAAUUAUAAUCGAGACUCUCGGGCAUGGCUCUGAAUCAUUUUUACUAUCCGGGAUCACUUUUAUUGCUAUCUGUAAAGCCAGCUCUGAAGACACAGGAUGGAUAGGUGGUGAACAUCGCAUUUAAGUUAAUAAAAUAUGGAGGAACGCUGAAUUUUAUUCAUUACUUGUGUUAAGGCUCAGAUUGUGCACUCAAGGUUCACCAGUGCAUUAGUAUCCUUCCUGCAGGCCUACCCAAUAAAUCGAGCACAUGGACACUUGCAUCCUAGUCCAAAUUCUAAUGGCCAAGAAGAUUCUUUAGGGUCAAACCUCGAUAAAAACAAUAAGUAUUGCCACAGUUCAAAAUAUUUUUAUUCAAAGAAAUAAGUUUUGAGAAUUCUCUGAGUUAUUUGCCUCAGCAAUAUCUCCAAAAUGAAUAAAGCAUCAGAAGGCUGCUCUUUGAGGCAAGCCAGUAGUUCAGAAAAUUCAGCAAGAAAUGGAAACUCAAUAGAUUGGCUUUCUUUACCCAGCCUUUGGAGUUUUAUGCUUGAAGCUGUUUGAUUGCUAGCUUGACAGUUGGGGCUUUAGAAACAAAGCCUAUGAAGCUCAAGAAUACAACUGGCUAGCAAUCGAACAUUUUGGUAUGCAACAAAAGAUUAGGAAUUCAUAUCAGCUAACUAAAUGCAAUAGAUUUAGUUGAGCUGGACUCUAGCUGAAAUUUAGUUUCACAAAACAGAUAUGCCUUAAUUUAUGUCUGAAGGUUGGAAGAACAAAAUAAAUUUAGUUGGACACUGCUCUCUAUACUUGACACUUUUGGUCUUCAUCUAGUGAAGUUCGAAAGGACAUUAAAAGCUAGGUAGAGUGAUAACUCAGACACAUACAGCUCUUACUACCUCUGUAACGAUGAGUGGUGUCUGAUAAUGCUUAUGGAAAGAGCCAAUAGACUUCACAAAACUAUUUUUAGACUUAAGGCAGGCUUUUAAAUCUGAAGCAAACUUGCUUACAACAGAUCUAGAAGGAGUUGAGUUUGAUCCUUUUUAUCAGCUAGUCACACAACCAGGCAUUAAUAGCUAUUGGAGGAUCUACAAAAGCUAUGGAGGUUAUUCUUAGAUUGGUAGCAUAUAGUAUUGCGCCUUUCAGAAUUACCCCAAUUAUGUCAAGCAAAGUUCCAGAACAAAGAUUGUUAAGAGAUAUAUCAGCACAAUAAAUGCUGAACUAUGAAAGGAAUAGGAGAAGAUUCAUGAUAAAACAGUAUUUGAUGAGGCCAGCUCAGAGACUUACAGACAGCCUCUCACUUGGGCAAUUCCAAGAUCAAAUAAUUUUUACAUCAAAUUUUGAUAAAUUUGGAGCAACAAACUCCUGUAUUUUCGAAAACUAGAUGCUAGUUUGGUUAUGGAAUCAAGCGAAAAUUCAUACUUUGAGAGAGUUGUUUGCCCCUAUGAGUAUAUAAAACCUUCUGCACUUUGAACAGCGUAACUAAGGAUGUGUCAAAUCAAGAUG